AUGGUAUACCAGGCCGCAGGAGGAAUCAUCUCAGCGUCCCUCCUCUCUGUCCCCGGUGCAUCCGCCUACUACAAAGGUGGAUUAACAUUAUAUACCCUCGAGUCCCGCCUCGCCUUCGCCGACUGGACAUCCGAGCACAUAGCAAACUACAAAGGCCCAACAACCGCAAUCGUGGCAGGACUGGCAGAGUCGACUCGCACAAAGCUUAAGUCUACUUAUGCCAUUUCCGAGAGUGGCACGGCGGGACCGGGGGGKGGGAAGGCGAGUCGGAAGCCAGGAGUGGUGUUCAUUGCCGUCGCGGCUCCAGGUGGAUCGUAUACUAGGGAAAUCGACACCGGGUAUGGCGAGGAUAGAGAGAAGAAUAUGGUUGGAUUCGCAGAGGAGGGAUUGAAGUUACUUCGGGACGUGCUCAAGGGGGAUGCUAAGCUAUAG